CGCACAUUUCGUAGUGAUAAUGCCCUAGAGUAUUUGUCUUCCCCAUUUUAGCAGUUUGUGAACUCCCAUGGGAUUAUUCAUCAAACAUCUUAUCCGUACACAUCCCAACAAAAUGGGGUAGCUGAAAGAAAGAAUAUACAUCUUAUUGAAACUGCUCGUGCCCUACUCAUACAAUCUCAUGUUCCGCUGCAUUUUUGGGGGAUGCGAUUUUUACAUCUUGUUAUCUUAUUAAUUGUAUGUCAUCCUCAACUAUCCAGAAUCAAGUUCCAUUCUCUGUCUUGUUUUUCCACUUACCUUUGUUCUCUCUUCCACCCCCUGUUUUUGGGAGUACGUGUUUUGUUCAUGACCUUACUCCAAGAAAAGAUAAGUUAGCUCCUCGUGCUCUUAAGUGCAUAUUUCUGGGUUACUCGAGAAUGCAAAAAGGAUAUCGAUGUUAUUCUCCUAACCUUCAGCGAUUUCUUAUGUCUGCUGAUGUUACCUUCUUUGAAACCCAAUUAUACUUCACAGGUCCAGUUAAUCACUUAGAUAUUUUUGAGGUGCUACCAGUUCCUUCUUUUGGAGAUUCAGUCCUUAUCUCCUAUUCAUCUUCCUCCAUAACUCCACCACCUACGGUUCCAGUUGCAGCUCCAUCACCUAUAGCUCCAGUGCCACCACCGAGUCCAGUGCGACCACCUAGUCCAGUUCCACCAACUAUAGCUCCAGUGCCACCACCUAGUCCAGUUCAACCUUCUACAGCUCCACCACUCCUGACUUAUCAUCGUCGUCCGCGCCCAGCAUCAGGCCCAGCUGAUUCAUGUCCUGCACCUGACCCUGCUAAUACUGGGGACUUGUCUCCUCUUAAUCAACCGAUUGCACUAUGAAAAGGUGAAGCACUGUCUCAUCCCGGAUGGCGACAUGCUAUGAUUGACGAGAUGUCUACUUUACAUACGAGUGGUACUUGGGAGCUUGUUCC